AUCCGCUCUCUUUCACCUCCUCCUCAGCAUCUCAAUCUGCUUUCGAAAGUUUUCCUUAAACUCCUCCAAUACUUUUUACCGACAGAGAUCUGAGGAGUUUAGGGAAGCAAACCCUAGCCCUACAAAUCGCCAAAUCUUAACUUUUUCGAGGUUUCAUCGUCAUCUACCAGUCAUGGCUUCUAUGGCACCUGAAGGAUCGCAAUUUGAUGCUCGCCAAUUUGAUGCUAAAAUGAAUGAGUUGCUUGGAUCUGAUGGAACAGAGUUCUUCACAUCAUAUGAUGAAGUUUAUGACAGUUUUGAUGCUAUGGGGCUGCAGGAGAACCUUCUGAGGGGCAUUUAUGCAUACGGUUUUGAGAAGCCCUCGGCUAUUCAACAAAGAGGGAUCGUACCAUUUUGCAAGGGACUUGAUGUAAUCCAACAAGCGCAAUCCGGAACCGGGAAGACUGCAACUUUCUGUUCUGGAAUUCUGCAGCAGCUUGAUUAUGGCUUAGUUGAAUGCCAGGCAUUAGUUCUUGCACCCACUCGGGAGCUAGCGCAACAGAUCGAGAAGGUCAUGCGUGCGCUUGGUGACUAUCUCGGAGUGAAGGUCCAUGCUUGUGUAGGGGGAACAAGUGUCCGUGAAGAUCAACGUAUCCUUCAAAGUGGUGUCCAUGUUGUUGUUGGUACCCCUGGUCGUGUGUUUGACAUGUUACGGAGACAAUCACUCCGCCCUGAUCAUAUCAAGAUGUUUGUGCUGGAUGAAGCUGAUGAAAUGCUCUCACGAGGUUUCAAGGAUCAGAUCUAUGAUAUUUUCCAGCUGUUGCCAUCAAAGAUUCAGGUUGGGGUUUUCUCUGCAACAAUGCCACCUGAAGCUCUUGAGAUUACAAGGAAGUUCAUGAACAAACCAGUGAGGAUUCUAGUCAAACGUGAUGAGCUUACCCUGGAGGGUAUCAAGCAGUUUCAUGUGAAUGUUGACAAAGAGGAAUGGAAGCUGGAGACCCUUUGUGAUCUCUAUGAGACAUUGGCAAUUACCCAAAGUGUGAUCUUUGUGAACACAAGGCGUAAGGUGGAUUGGCUCACCGACAAGAUGCGCAGUCGGGAUCACACAGUCUCUGCCACCCAUGGUGAUAUGGACCAAAACACAAGAGACAUCAUCAUGCGAGAAUUCCGUUCUGGUUCUUCUCGCGUGCUCAUUACUACUGAUCUGCUGGCUCGUGGUAUUGAUGUUCAGCAGGUCUCUCUUGUGAUCAACUAUGAUCUUCCAACACAACCAGAGAACUACCUUCACCGUAUCGGACGUAGUGGACGAUUCGGGAGGAAGGGUGUUGCCAUCAAUUUUGUGACCAAGGAUGAUGAGAGAAUGCUGUUUGACAUCCAAAAGUUCUACAAUGUAGUUGUUGAGGAGUUGCCUGCUAAUGUUGCUGAUCUUCUUUGAUGUGGUUUGGUUCCAACCAGGUGAAUGCCAUAUUUGUCAUGUUCUUUAUGUAUGGUCUUGUUAAGAUUAGAGAAGCAUCCAGCGUGGCAAAAUUUUUAUUGGUAGUUUCUUUCUACAUACUAAUGUCUCUGAGAAAGAAUGCAGAGCUGAUGUUAGCUUCGGCUGAAACUCUUUUGCUUUGUUUUUAAUCAUGUUUGGGGUGUUAUGUAGGGUCGAAACAAAUAUUUUAUUAUGUUAUGUUAUGGAUUUUUGCAUUCUGAUA